GAAAGCGUCGUUGACGUUCUUUGCAAUUUGCAAAAGUGGAAAGAAAAAGAAAAAUUAUGUAGACUUUUUCGGCCAAAAAGCAUAUCAUCAAAUUUUGUGCUAAAAAUUAUAGAGUUUUACAUCGCAAAUUAAGUGAACGCGACACGUGCUAAAUUGCUAAAUUCAGCUGGCUACUUAAAUAAAACACAAACGAAGUAGUUUGCAAUUUUUCAUUUAUAUAUAAAAAUUUGUGAGAUAUAUAUAUAUAAAAUAUAUAUAUAAAUGUGCGUGUAGUUGUGUGUGCACGCGUGUGUGUGUGUGUGAGUGUGUUUUAAUGCGGCGAAUGCGAAACCGAAUGUGAAACCGACUUAAAAAAAAAAAGAAAAAGAAGAGAUAGAAAAAAAACCGCACUCAGCGUAGACAAUUUUAAUUUUAUUUAAUUGACGCGCCGCAAACUACAGUCGAGCAAGGCGCGUGGGCAGCAAGCGUAGCAAACAAGAGGAAGGGGAGCAGGAAUUUUUCUUUCACACACCGUUUGAUAAUAACCGCUAAAAUUGUGGAAAAACAGGAGAAAACUCCCAAGCGGAAGAAGAAGGCUGCAGCCAGUAAAAUGUCUGCAGUUUAUUCGCCGCAACCGCCGCCGCCGCCGUUGCCGCAGCAGCAGCAACAGCCGCAGCAGCAACAACAACCCGUGCAACAUCCGCCGCCGGGUUCGGUGCAGUUGCCGCCACCGCAAAUGCCGCCGCAGCAACAGCAGCAGCAACAACAGCAGCAGCAACAACAACAACAGCAGCAGCAGCAACAACAACAGCCGCCUGGCACUGGACAAGGAGGACCGCCGCCAGGUGGCGUUGUCGGCGGUGUCGGUCCCAUGGGACCCAUGGGUCCCAUGCAGCAGCGUGUCGUUGGUCCCGGCGGCGUUGGCGUCGGCAAUCCCGUGAUGAUGGGCACUCCGCCCAAUGCGGUGGGACAGCGCGGUGGUGUGCCAGCACCGCAGGUUAGCUCCGCCCAGAUCCAGAAGAUGCUGGACGAGAAUUGCGGACUCAUACAGACCAUACAGGACUUUCAGAACAUGGGCAAGUCGCAGGAGUGCAUGAGCUAUCAGGUGGCGCUGCAUCGCAAUCUCGUCUAUUUGGCGCAGCUCGCCGAUCCGCAGAUGAACAUUUCCCAAAUACUGCCCCCUCCGCACAUUAUGCAGACGAUGCAGCAGGGCAAUCAACCGCCAGCGCCGCACAGCAUGAUGGGUGUUGUUGGCGGUUUGGGCGGCGUACCGCCACCAGGUCAACAACAACAGCAACAGCAGCAGCAACAACAGUUGCCCGGCCAGCAGGUGGCACCGGGUGCUCCGCCACCACCGGGCAGCGUUAUACAGGCGCAAAUGCAGCUGCAACAUGCCAACGAUGCAGGAGUUGGUCCUGUACAAAUGCCACCGUAUCCGGGCCAACAGCAGCAGCCCACGCAUCCCGGCAUGCCGCCGGGUGCCCAACAGCAAUCUCAACAACAACAGCAGCAGCAACAACAACAGCAGCAGCAGCAACAACAGCAGCAGGCGGGCCAAGUGCAGCAGCAACAGCAGCCGCCGCAAGUGAGCCAGGCUGGGCCACAGCCACAGGCGGGACCGUAUCGCAAUGUCCAGGCCGGCGCCGGGCAGGCUCAGGUCGUGGCCAAUGCAGCGCCCAGUAAGUAUCAACAACAGCAGCGUCCCAACAACGGACCUCUGCCGCCGGGUCAAAGCCAACCGCCACCACCGCAACAACAGCAGCAGCAACAACAGCAGCCGCCGAACCAGCAGCAACAGCAACCACAGCCGGGACCGGGCCAAGUGCCGCCACCGCAAGCACAAUAUCGCGUCAACUACCAGCAACAGCAGCAACAACAACAGCAGCAGCAACAACAGCAACACGGUCAUUAUCCGGGCUAUCCGCCGCAAUCGCAGCCGCAGUACCAGCCACAAAACGCUUAUCCCUAUGGACCACCCGGUCAGGGUUAUGGGCCACCACCGCCACCGCCCAAUGCACAGGCGGCGUAUCAUCAUGCCGGCAUGCCGCCCACAUCGACAGCCGGUGGCGCCCAAGGUGUGGUGCAUGCGUACCAACCGAAUCCCAAUGCUGGUGGCGCCGCUGCGGGCGGACAACAACAACAGGCACCGCCCCCAGGUGCGUAUCCGCCACCGCCGCCCACACAGCAAGUGGCGCCCGGCCAACAGCCGCCGGGUCCGCCGCCCACACAAAUGUACGGGCCACCGCCGACGGCCGGAGGCCAGGCGGGGCCACCGGGACCGCCAGGUCCACCGCAAAGUGUGCUGCCCAAUCAGUAUGGGCCACCGCCGCCACAGCAGGCGGGCGCCGUGCCCGGCGGUCCUCCGCCGAUGGGCCCCUAUGCCGGCUAUCCGCCCAAUCAAUACGGUCAGGCGGGUGCGCCAGGUGCACCACCAGGUGGCGGCUACGGGCCACCGCCGCCCGGCAGCCAAUCCCAGUCACCGUAUCAGGCGUAUCAGCAGGCCACGGGCGCACCGCCCGGCAGUUAUCCGGGCCAACCGGUGCCGGGGCCACCGAAUGCACAGCAGGUGAGUGUGGCGGGCUCAAAUGCUGGGCCGCCACCACCGCCGGCCAGUUACAGCACGGCGCCGAGUCAAACACCGCCGCCACCGCAGCAACAGCAGCAGCAGCAACAACAACAGCAGCAACAACAAUCGGCGCCCAAUCAGCAGCAGCAGCAGGCGGGCAAUCCGAAUGGACCCAAUACGCCGCAAUCGACGCCGCCGCCGCCACCGACAGCUGUGGCGGGUGUGCCGCCCAAUCAGCAGCCGCCGGGCGCGGGUGCCGCACAACAGCAGCCACAGUAUGCGCCACAGCAACAGCAGCAGCCACUGCAACAGCAGCCUGGACAACCAGGACAACAGCUGAGCGCCGUGGUGUCCGGCGUGUCUCCGUUGCCCACACAACAGCAGCCAACGUACUCGACGCCACCCACCAGCGUGGGAGGCUAUGGCACACCACAGCAACAGCAGCAGCAACAACAGCAGCAACAGCAACAACAACCACAGGGUGGACCACCACCACAGCAACAACAACAGCAACAGCCACCGCCAGGCGGACCGCCAAAUGCAACAGCGCCGCCGCCACCAAAUGGCGCCACGCCACCGAUGGCGCCCAAUCAAUAUCAGCCAGCGCCGGGCGGACAACCGUACGGCGCACCGCCGCCACCGCCGCAAGGUUACGGGCCACCGCCGCCGGGUAGCGCGUAUCCGGGUCAUGGGUAUCAUCAGCCGCCGCAGGCUGGCGGCUAUGCGCAGUAUCCGCCAACGCAGGGCUAUCAAGGCUAUCGGCCGGCGCCAGGCGGAGCACAGAUGCCGCCACCGGGAGCACCGCAAGGUCCACCGCCAGCGGGCGCCUAUGGUUACUACGGCAAUCAGCCGCCACAGUGAAGCGUGCGUGUGAGUGAAGAGUGAGUGAGAGAGCGAGAAGUAUGAAGAACAUGAAACAUGGAAAACAACAACAACAACGACAACAACAAAAGAAAUCAACUCGAAGCUGUCGCCCGCCUGUACCGCCAGUUGUCUCGCUCGCUCUGCUGCAAAGUAGCCAUUUAAGCCAAUGGCCUGAAUAUGUGCGUGUGCGUGUGAAGCACAUUAAUACUUCUAAAAAACAUUUAGCAUUAGUUUGUACUUGUACUUGUAUUUGUAGUAAUUGUAAUUUGAGCGAAGAACGAAAGAACGAGGGCGAGAGAGAAAGUGACCGUGGAGACGUGUCCAUUAUGCAUAUAUAGAAAUAUAUCUUAACUCUUAACAUACACAUACAUCUAAAAUUACAUUUAUAUACGCAAAUUUCAUUUCCACUCUCUGUAAUUGUCCCCUAGUGUUUUUUGUCUCUUUUUAAUCGUACUAUUUUUUUUUUGUCGUUUUAUUGUAAUUGUACAUCGAUAACGUAAUGUCUUCAAGUCGCGUGUAAAAUGUAACUUUGCAUAGUUUUUACAUACAUACAUACAUAUAUAUUUUUUUAAUGCCAAUUUUUACAUUCAACAAACAGCAAGCACAUGGCAGCAUCCAACAACAAACAAGCAUAAGAAUAAAAACACAAAACAUAUAAGUAGUAUUUAAUGAUCAAAUAUUCCAAUAACAAAAACAACAACAACAAAACUCAACUCAAACUCGACUAUUUCACAUAGGCACACGCACGUGUGCAUGUGUGCGAGUGUGUGUGUGUGUAUGUGGACGCACUUUAAUCUAAUUGUAAUUCAUAAGCAGCGGAUAAAAAGAAGAAUGGCAAAAGAAUGAAACGAAAAAGGAUUAAAUGAUGUUCGAUAUGCCGAUAUACGUCACUCAUUGUCAUCGAUAGCAUUUACAUUUAGACAUUUGGCAACAAUUUGUGCUAAAGCUAAAACAAAACAGAUACUAUUAUU